GCCAACAGACAUUCAUAUUCUCUCGUAACCUCUUAUAUAUUGUCAAUUUUACGGAGCUUUGUCUAUCUGAAAUUUCAUCAGUGAGUGAGAAUACAAAAUGAAUGAUAUUAUAAAUUACAUAUUUUUUGACGAAUUUGCUGGUUACAAUUUAGAAAAACGUCGAAGACCACGUAAAAUCAAACCACGUAUAAAUUAUUUAGAAUUGUUUGACUUUUUUUCACAUGUAUAAUACACUGUUUAUUGCUUCCCACAAAUUUCAGGUUAGAGCCAAGAGGUUACGAGAAAAUAUGUGUCUGUUGGUCACCCUGCUAACUUUAACCGUCGGUUAAUCUAACCGUGGUUGGUGAAAUUGGCCCUUAGGGAAAGGAACUCAAGUGCCGCGUUGCAAUUGCAAUAUUUCAUGGCCGACAGAUUUUCUAACCUCAAUUAUCAACUUUAACGCUUAAUAUUUCGAUUCGUGGGGCAGAGCAACGCUUUUCUCAGCCAGAUUCGUUCGUUUUGGACAAAAACGUGUCUAAUGAGUCUAAUUUCAUCGAUUUCUAAAGUGACGUGGUUAAAGUAAACAAUUCCAGAUUUUUACCAGAUGUUUACAAAUUUUAUGUAGCAAAAAAUUACGACUGAUAUCAACUGAUAUGAUAUAAAGUUUGGAACGCUGUGGACAGAAAAUGAAGAAAUUAUCAAUGAAACAUGGCAGAUUGAUGACGAACUUUAUAUUUUCUACACACAUUUAAUAAUUUAACACAGUUUCUGACUUGCUGUUAGGCUGUAAAUACAAUUGUGAUCAAACAUGAUGGCUUGGAAUAUUUUUAAAUGUACUUUUGGAUCAUCAAGAAGUAUUUUACAAAACAGAUUAUCGGAAUGUAUCUAUAAAAUUGUCAAACCAAUGUCGACAGUGAAUCUUAAGAAUGUUGAACAUCUCUCUACUUUCAAAAAUGACUGGUGGGAUGAGAACGGCCCGUUCUAUGAUCUUCAUUUAUAUGCUCCGUUCAGAAUAAAGUUUGUGAGAGAGGGAUUGGCAAACGCCGGAAUCCAAAUGCAAAACGCAGCUCUUCCGUUGGAAGGAGUCAAGAUUGUGGAUAUUGGCUGUGGUGGAGGUAUAUUGACUGAGCGUUUAGCUAGAAUAGGAGCGCAAGUAACCGGAAUAGAUGUAUCGGCAGAGUUAUUAAAUAUUGCAAAAGAGCAUGUAAAAUUGGAUCCUAAUAUAUCGAAGAGAGUGAACUAUAUUCAAACAUCUGUGGAAGAUUUAUGUCAAAAGGAGAGAGAAUCAUACGAUGCUGUUGUGGCAUCUGAGGUCUUGGAGCAUGUAGCGGAUGUGCAACUAUUUUUAAAGAAAUGUGUGGAAAUUCUGAAACCUGGUGGAUCGAUUUUUCUAACAACAGAAAAUAGAACUAUAGCAUCUUGGUUGGUUGUUAUUGUAGCAGCGGAAUAUAUUUUCAAAAAAAUACCUUUUGGUACUCAUGAAUGGAAUAAAUUUAUCACACCACACGAAGUUCAACAUAUAUUGGAUGAUUGUGGAUGCAAAACAAGAUUAAUUCAUGGAGUAAAAAUUAACCCAUUGUUAAAUCAGUGGUCUUGGUCGUCAUGUACAGCAAUUUUUUAUGUCCUUCAUGCAAUCAAACAAAAAGAAGCUGACAUAUAAUUUUCGGAACAUACAACUUUUUUGUUAUUAAAAAUGCAGAAUUA